CGGCCCAGCGCGCAGCCCCCCUUGGCAGAGGCGCCGCCGCGGGGCCCGGCGGAGGAUGGUGCGCGGCGCGCCGGGGGCUCCCCGCCGCCAGAGCCGCAGCGCCGAGGCGGAGCCGGCCGCGGCGGACCGCCGCCCCCCGCACCGCGCGCGGGACGAGCGGCCGCGGUGAGGCGCGAGGGCGACGCGGGCGCGGCGCCAUGGGGGCCCUGACGAGCCGGCAGCACGCGGGCGUGGAGGAGGUGGACAUCCCGUCCAAUUCCGUGUACCGCUACCCGCCCAAGUCCGGAAGCUAUUUCGCCAGCCACUUCAUUAUGGGAGGAGAGAAGUUUGACUCCACGCAUCCCGAGGGUUACCUGUUUGGAGAGAACAGUGAUCUGAACUUUCUGGGGAACAGACCAGUAGCGUUUCCUUAUGCCGCCCCGCCUCCCCAAGAACCUGUGAAGACUCUGAGAAGCCUGAUCAACAUCCGCAAGGACACACUGAGACUUGUAAAGUGUGCGGAGGAAGUGAAGACCCCGGGAGAAGAGGUGGGGAGGGCUAAAGUGCACUACAAUGUGGAGUUCACCUUUGACACUGAUGCGCGCGUGGCCAUCACCAUCUACUAUCAGGCCACGGAAGAGUUCCAGAAUGGGAUUGCCAGCUACAUCCCCAGGGACAACAGCCUCCAGUCAGAGACGGUGCACUACAAGCGAGGCGUCUGCCAGCAGUUCUGCCUGCCCUCCCACACCGUGGACCCCUCAGAGUGGACAGAGGAGGAGCUUGGCUUCGAUCUGGACCGAGAGGUGUACCCUUUAGUGGUCCACGCGGUGGUGGAUGAAGGAGACGAGUAUUUUGGCCAUUGCCAUGUACUGCUGGGCACUUUCGAGAAGCACACCGAUGGCUCGUUCUGUGUCAAGCCCCUCAAACAGAAACAAGUGGUAGAUGGGGUCAGCUACCUCCUUCAGGAGAUCUAUGGAAUUGAAAACAAAUACAACACCCAAGAUCCUAAGGUGGCUGAAGAUGAAGUUAGCGAUAACAGUGCUGAGUGUGUGGUGUGUCUCUCAGAUGUCCGGGACACCUUGAUUCUGCCCUGUCGCCACCUCUGCCUGUGUAACACGUGUGCUGACACCCUGCGCUACCAGGCCAACAACUGCCCCAUCUGCCGACUGCCCUUCCGGGCACUGCUUCAGAUCCGGGCCAUGAGGAAAAAAUUGGGCCCCUUGUCCCCAACCAGCUUUAACCCCAUCAUCUCGUCUCAGACAUCUGACUCGGAAGAGCAUUCAUCCUCAGAGAACAUUCCGCCCGGUUAUGAAGUGGUGUCUCUUCUGGAAGCCCUCAAUGGGCCCCUCACGCCGUCCCCAGCGGCCCCUGCCCUCCACGUGCUUGGAGACGGCCACCUCUCGGGCAUGCUCCCCUCGUACGGCAGUGAUGGCCAUCUGCCCCCUGUCAGGACACUGUCCCCGCUCGACCGCCUGUCUGACUGUGGCAGCCAAGGAGUCAAGCUGAAAAAGAAUCUCUCCAAGUCUGUGUCCCAGAACUCUUCUGUGCUGCAUGAAGAGGAAGAUGAGCGUUCUUGCAGCGAGUCAGAGACUCCGCUCUCUCAGAGACCGUCAGCUCAGCAUCUUGAAGAGGAAUGUGGCGUAACUCCAGAAAGUGAGAAUCUCACCAUGUCGUCGUCGGGAGCCAUCGACCAGUCGUCUUGCACAGGGACGCCUCUCUCCUCCACCAUCUCCUCCCCAGAAGGCCCUGCCAGCAGCAGUCUGGCCCAGUCCGUCAUGUCCAUGGUGUCCUCCCAGAGCCGCCGCUCCCGGAUCAGCACCGACACGGUCUCCUCCAUGUCUGGCUCGUACAUCGCCCCCGGCACUGAAGAAGAGGGAGAGGCGCUCCCGUCGCCCCGGGCCGCCAGCAGGGCCCCCUCAGAAGAAGGAGAGGUGACGCCAGCAGCCUCCCCGGACAGCAACUUUGUCGGCCUCGCCGCCGAGGAGCAGGACGCGGAGGGAAAUGAUGUUAUAGAUGAAGAGGAUGGAUCCCCCACGCAAGAAGAUGGCCAGAGGACACGCGCAUUUCUAGGUAUGGAGUGUGACAAUAACAAUGACUUUGGCAUCGCAAGCGUGAAAGCACUGGACAAUAAGCUGUGCCCUGAGGUCUGCUUACCUGGCACCUGGCAGGCUGAUGACAAUGUUGUCAGUCGUCGGCACACACAGCGCCCGCGCUUACCACCCGGCAGCCUGGAGGACCCCCAGGACAGGCCUUGCGUGUGGGGUCCUUUGGCCGUCUGAGAGCCCCGCCCCUGUCCCUGGGCUCCCCCCCACCCUCACAUUCCAUCCUGGCCUCACUGGACUGCUGGCCGCUUGGGCGACCUCCGCGAAGCCACGAAGACUGUCUACACCUAGACGGGGAAGUCAGCCCCCUGCUCCCAGCCCGGACUUCUCCAUAACCACCACCCCUCCCCUCCCAGAAGGAAUGGGAAGCCUCUCUCUCCUCGUGGGCCAGAGCGUCCCCGUGAGCUGCGGCUCCUGACACCUUCCACAGGGACUCUCUGGGAGGUCCCCGCCUUGACCUUCGGGUGGACCCGAGGCCCGCAGGCCGGUUGUUCCCUGUGCACCUUUUCCUCCUUAGGGGGCACAACCAAGAAGACCUGGAGUCUUGGCAGCUUCCUUACGAACACGCCUCUGGCAUUUUCUGGAACAUCAAUAAGCAAUUUGAAACCUCCGGCGUGGGGUGGGGCCGGGGGUGGCCCCUGUGAGAGGGGAAAGCCGCGUGGCGCCGUUAGCCGAGUUUCCCUCAAAAACAUCAGGAGCUCCUUUCUCCACGACGAGAAACCGCAGCAACCAAAAGGCUGGUUGAGAAACACCGUCCUUGCCUCUGGUCACCGAGCUAGUCCCCGGGGCCUCGUGCGUCUGUCUGCUUAGGAAGGAGGCCUCGAAUCUGAGAAAUCCCCCCACUACAGGAUCACCCUUGGGAGAGUUGUUGACGAUCAGGUGCAUCCCUGAGGGCCUGGGGCUCCAUCUUAAGGUGACUUUUCAAAAAACACAUCUUCGACCACCUCUGCGUGCCGGGCAACCGCGUGGGGAGCUGUCGGCCGCUCUCACGUUUCAUCACUACAGCCGGUCACGUGGUCCUCUUCUACCUGAUGUCCCUGUCCCCACGCCUUUUUGUGAAUAGUUGAAGAAACAGGCUGAGAGAGGGAUGGAACAGGGAUUCUCAAGCUGGGGCCUCCCCGCCCCAAGUGUUCCCCUUCCCUGCCUUCCGGACCUGCCGAACCCGAGCCGGGGAGGGGGAGUACUCAUCCCACGGGUUCUUUAGGGACGCAGAGAUUCUACAUGCCCGCCCCCCGGCCCCCAGCCCCGUGCGAGGCGCGCCAGCAGAAGUCUGAAACAGCAAGACCAGGCUGCAAGCUGCUGGCAGUUCCUGCUCUGACACUGGUGGUGUCGGUGGGCUCCACACAGUUCCUGGACGGCCGUGUUGUCUCCUGGCUUUGGGAAAAGGUGCUCUUUCAGUGGAGCAAGAGCUAAGGAAGCAAGAGUUAGAUACGGCGAUUGGUGAGGCCCCAGAGCCUCACGACCAUCACGAUGGCCUGUCUUUGUACUUGGAACCGUUAUCCUGGAAGAGUAACGGGUCGUUUCCAACACCCCAAAGAGAGCCCCGUGCCCAGGGAUUCUUCCGUGUGGCUUCUUUGCACUGAUGGGCGGUGGUGACCCUUGCCUGGCCGAGUGGUUAGGACUCAGGCCUGCCCUGGUUGGGGAAAGCCUGCUGUCCCAACAGACACGACAUGAGUCCCCCGUGAAUCUAAGCUUCUGUCUGGAGUCCCCAUGUCCCCUUCUCUGAGGCCCUGCUGGGGCUUCUGGACUCCGCUGCUUCGGGCCCCAGUCCUUGUCCUUCUUUCCCCCAACAUUCUUACGGUCCCUUUUGCGGUUGAGAUUGGAGCAAUAACCCCACUUCCUGAUUUCCUUGAAGUGUAAGCCCCAGGGAAUGGGGAUCUUCCCUCGGGCCUGGGGCGGGGGCGCACAGCCUCCCCUCCCCUCGCGGCAGGUAGUAGUCACCGUGUGGUGUUACCCGAGAUGAAGGAGAUGUAGGUAAACAGCAGCCACAGUGGCCAGGAGCCCUGAGAAGAAGCCAUUAGCAUCAUCCCUCCUGGAGGCUCUGGGUCCUUCCUGACAGCACAGGCUGGGUCCUCUCCCAUUAACAGGCUCAGGAAGAUUCUUUAAGGCCUUGGUUCCGUAAUCAAGACAUGCCUGGGUCAGAAAUGGUCCUUUCACUCCUGUUUCUCAGCCUGAUCCGCGUGUGUCUCUGUCUCUCCGUCUCUCCUACCUCUUUGUUCUCCUUUGGCUCUUAGGCAAACAGAAAGAUCCCACCCAAAGGAGCUGGUCUUUAGUCAACUCAAUCAGGGAACAGGGCAGCUCCUGACCCUACUGUGCCCAGUCUGUCAUCUGGAGACAGUUGUGUUAUAAGCAACUGACCCAGAGAGGACGGGAUGGGGCCUGGCCUCUCACACAAAGGCACAGACUACCUGGAGGCCUGUGGCUCCUGCCAGCUCUGGUCCGAGCUCUCCCGUGGCCUCCAGGAGGUGUGCCAAUUCCGGGCGCACAGAGCCUGCCUUCCUCCUCCACCCAGUUCCACCAUCAGAGUCUAUACCCGCACUGGGGUAUCUCCUGGGCACAGAUCCGCACACUUUGAGCCGUCUCACCUGGGGAGAGUUCGUGUCCUGUCCACCUGAUCUUGGCAUGCUGGUUGAUCACUUUGCUUUAGGACCUGCACACCUGGCGUGUGCAAGUGUGUGUGUAUGUAUGUGUGUGUGUACUGUUUGUGCCAUCUGUGUACCCCUCCCACUCCGUGGGGUACAUUCAUGGGCACACGACAGUGGGGACAUCAAGGAUGCAAUAUUUAUGGAUUGUUGCAUGAUUCUUUAAAACGAAUAAAACUGUUUACAAGGGAAGGAGAGCGAU